AUGCCCAUUCCUACUGCUCCUAUCACCCAGCUUCCGGUCAACAAGCUCGACAAGCAUAUCGCCAAGAACGCCGCUUGGGCCACCGAUUUCGAGGCCGACCAACGGGGUCUUCUCGAAAAGCUCGCUAAGGGGCAACAACCGCAACUUCUAUGGUUUGGCUGCUCGGAUAGUCGGGUACCCGAAUCGAUCGUCCUCGACAGCAAGACCCCCGGGGAGAUCUUCGUUCAUAGGAACAUCGCCAAUACCUUCAGCGGCGCCGAUGAUUCUUGCCAUUCGGUGCUUGAAUACGGUGUUGGGCAUCUGGAUAUCAAGCACGUGGUCGUUGUUGGACAUACCGCUUGCGGGGGUUGCGCCGCGGCUUUCAAAAGUGACCCGCCGACUUCCAAGAUCGAGAAGUCCUCCAACCCUGACUCGCCCUUGAUCAACUUCCUUCAACCUCUUAUCAAGCUGCGACACUCCCUCCCCGAUCGAUCCACCUUGGACGACUUGAUCGUCGCUAAUGUCAAGCGAGGUGUCGACGAGAUCUGUCAGACCGAGGUCAUCAAGAAGAACUGGAAGGCCACUGAAGACUCCGACGAGCUUCCCGUUCAGGUACAUGGCUGGAUGUAUAACCUCUCGACCGGCCGUCUCCAGGACCUCGGCAUGACCCGCUCGGCUUAA